AGAAGAGUUCAGGCUUCCCUCAGACUGUGGGGCAGAGGGGAAAUCUCUACACAGCAGUCAUAGUCUUGCGAAGAGCAUUAAGAGAAUCUGACUUUACACAAAGAGCCAUUUAAGCCGGGUCUUUAUUUUAGGAACAUCUCGGCAGUCCCUGUUCCAAGUUAGUCCAGGUGUUGCUGUGCUUCUUGAGCGUGGGUGUGAAACAGCUCGGUCCACGAUGCGCUCAUUUCUCCCACUUCUCAGCGUGUAUUGCAUCAGCCUCCUGUGCCUCCAGCUUCACGCGCUCCCCGUGAGAAACAGGUUGGACUUGAAAGCAUUCUUACAUCAGCUGAGAGAAAGAAGCGCUGUUUCCCGAGAUGCUGAGUCAUCCUCUGAUGAUCCCACCAAUGUCCCUUUGGACAAAACAUCUUUAUGGAGAGCCUUACUUUAUAAACAAACACCUCCAACAUCUCAGGAGUCAAAGAGCACUCUUAACCCAACUGAAAAGAACGUGAAGCAAGGACUCGAGUCAACCCCAAGAACCCCCAGAGGUCGGCGCAGUGCCUAUGCCCGAGGUCAACAUCACCAACAAGGCCAGCUGAUGCGUGUCGGGUGCGUCCUGGGAACGUGCCAGGUACAGAAACUCAGCCAUCGCCUCUACCAGCUGGUCGGCCAGACUGGACGCGAAGACUCGGCUCCUAUAAACCCACACAGCCCACACAGUUAUGGAUGAUCUACAGAAGGGCUACGGCUCAAACAGAAACCGCAACACUACAACUUGCAAAUGAUCUCUCUCUUUUUUUUUUUUUGCAAAUAGUCUUAGAUUAAUGAAAUUUUUUUUUCUUUUUUCUUUCCACUUGUGCUUUGCUGAAAAUGUAAGUGCCUUUUUUGAGAAGAAAGAAUCAGACGUUACUGAUAUACAUCGCUAAAACACCUUUUACUUUGGCUUCUUUUCACAAAAAAAAACAAGGACUUUCCUUGAAUUUGACUUGGAUGUCCAAAGUUUUUUAGAGACUUUUCCAUUGUAAUCCCUUCUGCGUAAAAAGUGAAACUAUGGAUUUUUUGGAUUUUGUCAAUGAGUGACCUCUUUACUAUCCACGAGGAUUUCAAUGAAUGUUGUUGACUUCAGAUAUGGACCUGAUUCAAGAGCGUGAUGGGAUUUCUGUCAGAUUGAUGUGGCGCCCAUUUUUUUUUUCAUUCCUUCUCUCAAAUACUAAGAGCAAUGAGUGUCCCUGUUUCAGCUUAGGACAAAUUCCAGCGAGUAGAGAACUUUAACUUGAAGACCCACCACGCAAUGAACCUCACACGUCUUUUUGCUCUCUUUCGAACCUCAGAUAUAUUUUAUUUGAAAAACAUACAAAUGAUUCUACCUUACCGUUAUUCUAUUUUUCUGCAUAAAUCAUGGGCACUUGACUGCGGCUGCUGUGGUCUUGUUUUUAACACAAUGAAAUAUUAAGGCAGAUUAUUUAACGAGCAAGUUGUAAUCCCUUUGGUUUGUUCCUACUAGAACCCUGCUGGAAUUAUGUUCAUAAACAAACGAGGGCUUUAUCCCACAGCGUUUCCUAACAAGUGAUUGAAACACGGUGUGAAGACACCGAUCAGACUAGCGAGCUUUGCUGAUGUCAUAAUGUAAUUCAAAGUGAAAAUUGACAUCAUUCUUGGAUUGAAUUGCUCAUUUGAACACAAUAUAAUGAAUGAAAAAGGCAAAACCAUGCACAGCCAGCCAUAUACACUAUAUGGACCAAAAAAAGUUUGAGGCAUCUUAAAAUGAAGAAAAUGAGCAUUUCUAUCGUUGCACUAUUUAUAAGACUACAGUUCCAGCAAAAUGUGAGGCGAGAGUGCCAGAUCUGCAAUGACACUCAGUAAAAGUGCCAGAAACGCUCGAAACGCUUGUUAUAGGUCCUUUUUUUAUUGCACAUAACGAUUGUCUCUCAAAACCACCCAAUUACUCUGUCUGUGCCUUACAGGAAUAAACAGACCAGACCUGAAAAUGGCCUGUUGUUUAAAGCCACGUUAAAAAAAGCACCAUGUUAAAAUAACCAAAGUAAUCUCAAAAGCCAAAUGUGUGCAAGUCAAGGAACCUGCUGAGUAAAUCCAACCCGUCUAGACAACGUUUUUUCUUUCAACGUAUACGAACUAUUCCUCUCCUGUCAGGUCGACUCAUUACCACGUAUAUCCGCUCUUUCGGUAAUGUAAAGUGCUUACGUCGAACCAUUUUUACAGAGAAAUUCAUUCUGCGAUCAUUCCUAAAAGCCGCCGAUUUACUUAAAACCUGACGAUACUUGACGUUUAUUUAAAUUCUCUUCAUUUGAAUCACACUGUAAUUUGCUGCUUUCUCUCUCUCUUUUUUUAAAAAACACCAAUCUGCCUGUAAUAUUUAAGUGUAUAUUUAAGUUGGAAGGGCUAUAUGAUAAUUCUGUACGUUUUUGAAUCCUGAAUGUGUUUUAAAGGCACAUGAACUCUGCUCACUCUUGCUGUAAUCGAUCUUCCUCCUGUUCUCACUGAUCAUUAAACAUGCUUUCAAAAAUGCUGAGAACUUGGUGAAUCUGUAGCUUUUUUAACGAAGAAGCCAGGCUGUGAGAGUUCUGUCCAUUGUUUUUGUUAUUCACUUUUUGGUGGUGUUUGUUGUGUAUAUUUAUUUAACAUUGACAACUAGCUGUAAGACUUGUAGUGAUGUGGAGGUUUAGGCAUAUUUGCUGUGUCACCGCCUGACGUCGAUCAUUCCACUCGUGUGCGUCUGAAAAACAACGUGCCUGUCAUACUAGCGUAUUUUAGGGACCUUUGCCCGGAAUCUUGCAGGACUAUGAAAAAGGUUAUCGGUUGAUUUCUGUUAGGUUCAGGCCACGGCCACACUCUAAACACGCUUGUCUCACUGUAUUGCGAUGAGGUCAGUUUUUAAGUAUUUAAAGCGAAAAAAUAAAUAAAAAUAACACGAAGCACUUUAUAGCAGAAAUCUGUUUUCAUGUCAUUAACUUGAACCUUAAACCUGAUGUAACUGAAUGAAACUUGAUAUGUGUUAAGUGCAUCAUUGUGUUAAGUGUGUAUGAACUUGGUGAAAAACGUCACUCUUAUGUAUGUGUACACUUUGUGAAUAUUAUUAUUAUUAUUAUUAUUAUUAUUAUUAUUAUUAGUUCUGCUAUUUAAGUCAUGUAUUUAUGCAUUUGUAUGUGAAAUAGUUAUUUAUCUUUCGCAUAGGAAGUCUUUGAAGAAAAAGCCUUCGUGUAGUUACAGUGUUUUAUACUUUAUGAUGUUCAUUUUGUGCAAAUAAUAAAGCAUUUCACUGUAGUAUGAUCAA